GGCCCUCAGCUUCCGUGGCUGAGAGGAGCCGGCCGCGGCCGUGUCUGUGGUGUCCGCCGCGGCAGCGAGAGCGGCUGUCCCAUCCUUCCCAGCCUCUCGGCUCUGCUCGCCGUACUCCCUCUGCUCGCGCCUACUUCUCCGCAGCUCCGCGCGCCCUGGCUGGACGUUGAACAUCGGGAGGAGAGGCGCUCGGUGGAAGCCGGAGCGAGGACCGCCGCGGAGCCCGGGCCGUGAGGAGAGCGAGGCGUGAUCGAAGGGUAUGGUUGGCAUGGAAUUGAAUUUCAUCUGUCUAUGGGAAUUGUAAACAAGGUUGCCAUCACGAAAGCCAAGGUGGAUUUCUCCAGCGUCGUGUGCCUGCCCCCUUCCGUCAUUGCUGUGAAUGGGCUGGACGGAGGAGGGGCUGGCGAAAAUGAUGAUGAACCAGUGCUGGUGUCCCUGUCUGCGGCACCCAGCCCCCAGAGCGAAGCUGUUGCCAAUGAACUGCAGGAGCUCUCCUUGCAGCCCGAGCUGACCCUAGGCCUCCACCCUGGCAGGAACCCCAAUUUGCCUCCACUUAGUGAGCGGAAGAAUGUGCUGCAGUUGAAGCUCCAGCAGCGCCGGACGCGGGAGGAACUCGUGAGCCAAGGGAUCAUGCCGCCUUUGAAAAGUCCAGCUGCAUUUCAUGAGCAGAGAAGGAGCUUGGAGCGGGCCAGGACAGAGGACUAUCUGAAACGGAAGAUUCGUUCCCGGCCGGAGAGAUCGGAGCUGGUCAGGAUGCACAUUUUGGAAGAGACCUCGGCUGAGCCUUCCCUCCAGGCCAAACAGCUGAAGCUGAAGAGAGCCAGGCUGGCCGAUGACCUCAACGAGAAGAUUGCACAGAGGCCUGGCCCCAUGGAGCUGGUGGAGAAGAAUAUCCUGCCUGUGGAGUCCAGCCUGAAGGAAGCCAUCAUUGUGGGACAGGUAAACUACCCGAAAGUAGCGGACAGCUCUUCCUUUGAUGAGGACAGCAGUGACGCCUUAUCGCCUGAGCAGCCUGCCAGCCAUGAGUCCCAGGGCUCAGUGCCAUCACCCCUGGAAGCCCGAGGCAGCGAGUCCCUGCCCACUGCCACCUCCGUGUCCCCCACUCAGGUUGUGUCUCAACUCCCGGUGGGCCCGGAGUCCGGGGAAACGCUGUUCCUGGCGGAGCAGCCCCCUCUGCCUCCCAGCCUCAGCAGCGGAACUGCCGUCCCCACCAAGCCCCUCCCCACGCUCAUUAAGCAAAGCCAACCCAAGUCUGCCGGUGAGAAGUCACAACGCAGCAAGAAAGCCAAGGAGCUGAAGCCAAAGGUGAAGAAGCUCAAGUACCACCAGUACAUCCCCCCGGACCAAAAGCAGGACAAGGGGGCGCCGCCCAUGGACUCCUCCUAUGCCAAGAUCCUGCAGCAGCAGCAGCUCUUCCUGCAGCUCCAGAUCCUCAACCAGCAGCAGCAGCAGCACUACAACUACCAGACCAUCCUGCCCGCCCCGCCCAAGCCAGCGGGCGAGGCUCUGGGAAAUGGUGGGGCCCCCCCUACACGCAGCCUUUCCACCAGCAGCAGCGCCAGCUCGGGUGCCCCUGGGCCCAGUGGGCUGGUCCGUCAGAACAGCACCUCGCUGGCGGGGAAGCCAGGGACCCUGCCUGCUAACCUGGACGACAUGAAGGUGGCAGAGCUGAAGCAAGAGCUGAAGUUGCGGUCACUGCCCGUUUCGGGCACCAAGACAGACCUGAUUGAGCGCCUGCGUGCCUACCAGGAGCACGUCAGCCCUGCCCCCGGAGUGCCCAAGGCCCCCGCCACCGCCUCCAUCCUGCCCAAGGCUGGCGAGGUGGUGGUGGCCUUCCCUGCGGCCCGGCUGAGCACGGGGCCCGCCCUGAUGGCAGCGGGCCUGGCCCCGGCUGAGGUGGUGGUGGCCACGGUGACCAGCAAUGGCGUGGUGAAAUUCGGCAGCACGGGCUCCACACCCCCCGUGUCUCCUACGCCCUCGGAGCGUUCACUGCUCAGCACAGGCGACGAGAACUCCACGCCUGGGGACACCUUUGGUGAGAUGGUGACGUCGCCGCUGACCCAGCUCACCCUGCAGGCCUCGCCGCUGCAGAUCCUCGUGAAGGAGGAGAGCCCCCGGGCCGGGCCCUGCUGUCUGAGCCCUGGGGCGCGGGCCGAGCUGGAGGGGCGGGACAAGGACCAGAUGCUGCAGGAGAAGGACAAGCAGAUCGAGGAGCUGACACGCAUGCUCCGGCAGAAGCAGCAGCUGGUGGAGUGGCUCCGGCUGCAGCUGGAGCAGGAGAAGCGGGCCCAGCAGCCUGCGCCAGCCCCGGCCCCGGCCCCGGCCCCUGCCCCAGACCCUACCCCAACCCCAGACCCAGACCCGGCCCUGGCCACCCCCGGCGCCCCAGUGAAGCAGGAGAACAGCUUUGCCAGUUGCCAGCUGAGCAGGCCGCCCCCAGGCCCCGACCACCCCUUCAGUUCCAGCCUGGCCGCCCCCACUGCCCACCAUGUAGACACUUGUGCCCUGGUGCCCCCGGCCAGGGUGGUGAAGCAGGAAGCUGUGCGGGCACCCGCCCAAGCCACCCUCGGCACCACCGUGAAGCAAGAGAACAGCUUCUCCAGCUGCCAACUGAGCAGGCAGCCCCCGGGCCCUGGUCACCCCCUCAGUCCCGGCCUGGCGGCCACCACCACCCACCACAUAGACACUUGUGCCCUCAUGCCCCCAGCCAUGGUGGUGAAGCAGGAAGCCGUGCGGGCCCCGGCCCCGGCCUCUCUUGGCACCGCCGUGAAGCAGGAGAACAGCUUCUCCAGCUGCCAACUGAGCAGGCAGCCCCCAGGCCCUGGUCACCCCUUCAGCCCCAGCCUAGCAGCCCCCGCUGCCCACCACGCAGACACUUGUGCCCUGGUGCCCCCAGCCAGGGUGGUGAAGCAGGAAGCCGUGCCGCCUGAGCCUGAACCAGCCCCUGCCCCCCAGCUGCUUCUGGGCCCACAGGGCCCCAGCCUCAUCAAGGGGGUCACGCCUCCCACGCUCAUCACUGACUCCACAGGGACCCACCUUGUCCUCACCGCGACCAAUAAGAAUGCAGACAGCCCGGGCCUGGCCAGCAGGAGUCCCCAGCAGCCUUCGUCCCAGCCUGGUUCUCCAGCUCCCGGCCCACCAGCCCAGAUGGACCUGGAGCACCCACCACAGCCCCUUUUUGGGACCCCUGCGUCUCUGCCAAAGAAGGAGCCCCCGGGCUAUGAGGAAGCCGUGAGCCAGCAGCCCAGACAGCAGGAAAAUGCUUCCUCAAGCCAGCAGAUGGAUGACCUGUUUGACAUCCUGAUUCAGAGCGGAGAGAUUUCAGCAGAUUUCAAGGAACCAGGGAAGGAGAAGUCCCCCUCAACGACAGGAGCCUGCAGGUCACCCCUGGCCGCACAGCCCUCGCCCUCCGCCGAGCUCCCUCAGGCCGCCCCACCUCCCUCGGGCUCACCGGCCCUCCCUGGGCGCCUGGAGGACUUCCUGGAGAGCAGCACAGGGCUGCCCCUGCUGACGGGCGGGCACGAGGGGCCAGAGCCCCUCUCCCUCAUCGACGACCUCCACAGCCAGAUGCUGAGCAGCUCUGCCAUCCUGGACCACCCCCCCUCCCCCAUGGACACCUCGGAAUUGCACUUUGCACCUGAGCCCAGCAGCGUGGGCCUGGACCUGGCCGACGGCCACCUGGACGGCAUGGACUGGCUGGAGCUGUCGUCAGGCGGGCCCGUGCUCAGCCUGGCCCCGCUCAGCACCACGGCCCCCAGCCUCUUCUCCACGGACUUCCUCGAUGGCCAUGACCUACAGCUGCACUGGGACUCCUGCUUGUAGCUCUGGGGCCCCCCGCAGAGCCCAUCCAGGGGCUGGGGAGGAGCUGGAAAGCUGGAGAACUCGGCAACUCCAGGGAGCACGGAGCGCGGUGCUGUCCUGCCCGAUCCAGCCUGUCCACGUGGUUGUGAGUCCUGACAAUCACAGGCCCAGCCGUCCCCUCCAUGGGGGCUGGAGCAGGCGCCCCUCUACCUGGCUCUUGCUCACCAAGAAGAAAAGCUGCCAAAAGCAGCUCUGGGUCCCACCCCAGGGUUGUGGAGACCUGGGUGGGCCAGGGGCUUCUAUCUAUCUGACCUCCUUCCGUGAAGUCGGGGUGCACUUGCUGGCUGCCGUUUGCUCAGGAGGCAAGGGGACAUCGCCGCCUCCUCCCCCUUCCCAGAGGGAAGGAACUGGCUGGGCCAGCACCGCUGUCCCAGGCUUCUGGGGUGGGGGGGUGGGGGGGUCCCCCUGCCUUUUAGUGUCUUGGUGUAGUUAGUGUAACCAUUUAGUGGUUGGUGGCAAAUGUUUUCUGUACAGGUGUAUAUACCUCUAUUAUAUAUAUCGCCAUAUACACAUAUAUAGACGGGGUUCUCCCGGCCUACUCUGCGCGCGCGCGCGCACACACACACACGCAGAAGGGCCUGGAACCCCCGCUACCGGGGCUGGACACAGCCCACCCCAGCCCCACCCAUCACAUGUGUUUGCGUGUAGACACCUCGCCACAGCCUGUGCCCCACCUGUCCUGCUUCCUGCUCCCUAUCAGUGCCACGAGGGCAGAAGUGCUUCCUGGCCACCUGCCCACAUUCCGUCCCGCUGCCUCACUGCAGCCACCAUGGCCCCAGGACAGCAGUGGGGCCAGAGGUGGCCCUCAAGCUAUGGCCUCCUCCUGCCCUGGGGCCCGGCCUCCCUCUGGCCUGUCACUGUCAUUCACAGGGGAUUAGGGUGGAAUCACCAAAACCAGUGCCAGGACAGAGGUGGGGACGCUGUGUGAACUUUUUAAAAUAAAAACAAAACAACA